AUGAAGGGAAGUGAUAGUUUUGAAGGCUCCAAGUCAAGCUAUUCUAACAAGAAAGUUGAACAAGAUGAGGGUGAUGAGGAGGAGGUGGACAAAAUUAGUCUCAAAUCCAAAAUUGAAGGAGAGAGCACAAGCAACAGCACAGUUGAAGAAAAUGAAAAGAAGGCAGCUACUGGAUCUGUACGGCAAUAUAUUCGUUCUAAGAUGCCAAGGCUUCGGUGGACGCCGGAUCUUCAUCUUUGCUUUGUUCAUGCAGUUGAAAGACUAGGAGGACAAGACAGAGCAACACCAAAGCUUGUUCUUCAGAUGAUGAACAUUAAAGGCCUUAGCAUUGCUCAUGUCAAAAGCCAUCUUCAGAUGUACAGAAGCAAGAGGACUGAUGAUCCCAAUCAAGACCAAGAGUUUUUCUUUGAAGGCGGGGAUCACCAUAUCUACAACCUUAGCCAGCUUCCCAUGCUACAAAAUUUCAAUCGAAGAUCUUCUUGCAAUUUAAGAUACGGAGAUGCGUCUUGGAGAGGUCAUGAACACCAGAUGUACAGCGCUUAUAUGGGAGGAACUACUCUCAAUAGAGCCAAGCACGGACUUUAUGGCUCAGUGGCUGAAAGACUAGUAACUGGAUGCGACAAUCACAAUUCACUUAAUUAUGAUUCGAGCAUCAACAUUCCCUCCUUGAAUGUGCAAGCAGCCAGUAGAACACAUCAAUCUCUUGAAGGAGUCAAGUUGUUUCAAGUAUCCCGGAAGAACGAAAGUAGACAUAGAUCAAUGGAAUCAAACUUCAUAACCAAAUUGCAAGAGAGAUCAGGGUUGGAUCAAGUGGAAUGUUUGAACAUCACUAGUUCCGCCAAUAAAAAGUGGAGAACAGUUCAAGAAAUGCAAAAAGGUUUAAAGAGAAAGACUACUACGGAUUCAGAUUGCAACUUGGAGUUGAACUUGUCACUGAAGUUAGCAACAAAAGAUGAUGAUGAACUUGAAAAGUGUGUGGAGGACCGUGAAGUUGAUGGUAGUUUGUCUCUUUCGUUGUCUUCAUCUUCAUACUCAAAGCUUGGCAGAUCGAUGGAACGAGAUGGAAGUAGGAAGCAUGCAAGGAUGGCAAGUACUCUAGAUCUGACUUUAUGA